AUCACCGCGGUUUUUUUUUUACAUGUAACUUCUCAUCUUGUCUCUUCUCUCUCCAUGAGUUGACCCGUCUCGUUCUCUCCGCGAGGAAUCCAGUCAACGAGAGAAGUCACUCCCCUUUAUUGAUUGCUCCGUCGAUGGUUGUAGGCCCGGACGCCGAUCCAUUGACACCAUCGCUACACAGCAUACUCCGAACUGACGCUUUUGGAACCGCUCCCCGAACUUCGGAGUACGCCCUCGAUCCCACUCCAUAAACCCCUUCUGAGGCCCUCCUCCUCCUCUUCCUUCUCCUCCACCCUCCAUAUCCACCCCUCACCAUGGCCAACCUCCUCGCCCCCCUUGUCGUCUUCCUCACCCUCUCCCUCCUCAUCAUCGCCCUCCUCCACCUCCUCUCCUUCAUCACCAACGCCAUGUCCCGCCGCCUCGACCCUUCCCCCUCACCCACUCAUUCCAACGGCUCCCUCUCCAAACGCCCCUCCCCCGAACUCCCCCCCAUCGUCCACUCCGACCCCUUCAAAUUCUACGCCGGCCUCCUCACCUCCCUCCUCCUCCUCAUCGUCGCUGCCUCCUACGGCGCCAUCUCCUCCAUCCUCCUCCGUCUCUUCGGCCUCGGCGGCCUGUCGCAAUGGACGACCGCCCGCGCGUUCAAGUGGAUGAUGGGGCUGAGCACGGGGAUCUGGUUCGAGGUGCUGAAUGCGAACGGAGGGAAAGAGGUGCGGGAGGAUGGGAAGGGAGACGACUGGCUGAACGGGACGCGGCCGGCGGUGUUUUUGGGGAACCAUCAGUCGGAGCUGGAUAUCUUGAUGCUGGGGGCUAUGUUUCCGAAGUAUUGCAGCGUCACCAGCAAGCGGAGUUUGAUGUGGUAUCCGUUUUUGGGAUGGUUUAUGGCCCUCUCCAAAACCGUCUUCAUCGACCGCGCCAACCGCCAAUCCGCCAUCGCCGCCUUCGAUGGCGCCGCCCACACGAUGCGCGUGCACCGCCAAUCCGUCUUCAUCUUCCCCGAAGGCACACGCUCGUACCCAGACCACGCGAUGCUGCUCCCUUUCAAAAAGGGCGCCUUCCACCUUGCCGUGCAGGCGCAGGUGCCCAUCGUCCCCGUCGCGGUGGCGAACUACGCGAACGUCGUGGACGUGCGGCGGCAGAUCUUCCGCGCGGGGAGGAUUCCUGUGCGGGUGAUGGAGCCGGUGGAGACGAGGGGGUUGGGGCAGGAGGAUGUGGGGGCGUUGAUGGAGAGGGUGAGAGAGGGGAUGUUGAGAGAGAUUGAGGAGUUGACGCGGUUG